AUCUGUGGGCAGGUGGGGGUGAGGAGGUGGGAUCCUGUAGCAGCUCUCCAGUCUGAGUGCAGACCAGGGACGGAGAAGAAGCCCUCUGGCAUGCUGCAUCGCCUUCCCGCACCGAGGGGAGAUGUGUGACUCCACUGGGCCCGGCCAUGGGCGCAUUCCGUCCUGGAACCGCUUCACUGUCUGCGCCUUUACGCAUCCAACCUCCGGCGUCCUCAUGAGAAGGGACGGCGGCGAUGGACUCCAGACGCACGGUUGUAAAGAACUAUGAAUUAGAGGGUCUUCGGACGCGACAGUGACAGCAAUGGAUCACCUUUUCAGGCGAAAGCGGGUCGGUCUGCUGAAGCCCCUGCUCAGCCUGUCCCUGGUCUUUGCGUCCUUUCUGAUGAUCCACAAACUGAGGCUGUCGGAGAAGGACGCAUUUGGAGUUAAACAUUUGAGAGCUGCGGGCUGGUGCGGCUCAGAGUGUUUUUCUUUCAAAAAAGAAGUCGGCAAAACUAGUUUGGGAAGCUCGGAGUCGCCCGCGCCGAGAAAAGAGCCGGACACUCAGCGGGUGUCCAACAGGACUGCGACUUGGGACGCGCAGGUUCUGAACUGCAGCGAGGACGCGUCGGUGAGGACGCAGGACUGGUUCCGGCGUCUGGACCCGAGAUUUCACCAGUUUGUUCUGCACAGACACUGCAGGUACUUCCCCAUGCUCAUCAACCACCCGGAGAAGUGCGCGGAUGGAGAAGUCCACCUCCUCAUGGUGGUCAAAUCCGUUAUAGAGCAGCACGACCGCCGCGAGGCCGUGCGUAAAACCUGGGGCAGGGAGCAAACCGUGGACGGAAAGACUAUUAAAACUUUAUUUCUGCUGGGAAGUCCCAACAUCGGCAAAGACACCAAAAACCUCCAGAAACUGAUCGAGUACGAGGACCUGAUCUACAAAGACAUCCUGCAGUGGGACUUCAUGGACACGUUUUUCAAUCUGACCCUGAAAGAGGUGAACUUUCUCAAGUGGUUCGACAUCUACUGCCCCGGCGUGCGGUUUAUAUUCAAAGGAGACGACGACGUGUUCGUGAACACGCACAACCUGCUGGAGCUCAUCGGCUUCAAGGUGGAGGAGCGCAAAGAGGCCGACCUGUUCGUGGGGGACACCAUCUCCAAAGCGAUCCCCAUCCGGAACCGGCAGAGCAAAUACUACAUCCCCAAAGAGCUGUACGACAAGCCGUACCCGCCUUACGUGGGAGGAGGGGGCUUCCUGAUGUCCUCCCCGCUGGCCAGGAGGCUCUUCGUGGUGUCGGAGGACCUGGAGCUGUACCCCAUCGACGACGUGUUUCUGGGGAUGUGCCUGCAGAAGCUCCACCUGUCCCCGGAGCUGCACCCGGGCUUCCGGACAUUCGGCAUCACCAGGCGCAGGGUGAGCUCCAUGAACAGCGAGCCCUGCUUUUACAAAAACCUGAUCGUGGUGCACAAACUGAGCGCGCAGGAGCUGCUGAAGAUGUGGAGCGUGGUGCACGGCGGGGACCUGGUGUGCGCGCAGAGGUUCUCCAUAUGACGGACACUUCACCCACCAAAGCGACACAGUAGACCUUUAUACUUGAUCACACGUGAUGAUCUUCACCCUUUUUUUUUUUUGCUGAAUCCGCAGUCUUGUGUUGAAUUCCUACUGAGCAUUUUGUCCGUUUCAGGGUCUCGUUGUUGCAUUUUUGUCAGCAGUAAAGUUUAUUUAAAAACCACUACUCCACAGCCCUCCAGGUUUCUGAUCUCUAGUGCCAUGAUCUGUCCGUUUGUCGGGACACCGUGUCCUCCUGCAGGCAUUAAACAGUACUUGACUUAGUUGCUUCAUUUUGGACUUCACAGCUGCAUUAUUAUUAAGUCAUCUCCAAGAUCAUUGUGAAAUUGUAAAAGAAAAGGAGAAACAAAAUGAAAUGAUUAGAGUUUUUAAGUUAAUAUAUUGUUUUACAUUUUUUUUUAAUUCAAUGUGUAUGAUUUACAGAGUCAUUUAUGUAUGAUAGUGUAAAUAAACCUGAAGUUCCCUG